CACAGGCUGAGCAAGGGGGAAAGUAUAGGGAAAGAAACAGCACAGGAAUUAAGGGCAAUUUUGUAUUUCUUCCCCACUCUUACUUUUUAAAAUCUUCCACAUCCUUGAAAAGAUUUAGCAGCUUGAAAUGUCAGUCAUCCUAACCGUGUUGGACAAGUUGGCUUAUUUUCUGUCUCUGAUAGCAUUUUGUGUCAGUGUGUCCUACAGCUGGCUGAAAUGAAACUAGGCUCUUCUGACAAUGACUGGGUGUUUCGGUGGAUAUGUAACUUUUUUCAGUGGAUAUUUAAAUGAUCCUGAGGUUUGGGGUUGAAUUAGGAUGAUUUUACUCAAAACCUGUGGACACCUGACACCUGAGUAUGACAAUGCUGCAGUGGGGAAUCCUGAGACCACACCAUGUGCUUGCCUUGGUGCUAUGUGUGUCAGCCACUGAGGACUUUGACUGGACAAAGAACGAGAGAACGUCCUUCUACUACGGCACCUUCCCAACUGGUUUCUCCUGGGGAGUUGGCAGCUCUGCUUACCAGACUGAAGGAGCCUGGAAUGUCGAUGGAAAGGGAAUAAGCAUCUGGGAUGCAUUUUCCCAUAAAAAGGGGAAAAUAUUCUUGAAUGACACAGCAGACUCUUCAUGUGAGGGAUACCACAAAUUCAAGGACGAUAUUGCCUUGAUGAAGGACAUGAAGCUGAAUCAUUAUCGUUUCUCCAUUUCCUGGCCAAGGAUUUUACCCACUGGACUGAAAAGUGAAAAAAUCAAUGAGAAAGGAAUUAAAUAUUACAGUGACUUGAUUAACAUGCUACUAGAUAACAAGAUCACACCCAUUGUCACUCUAUACCACUGGGAUUUACCACAGGUGUUACAUGAGAAAUAUGGCGGUUGGCACAAUAUCAGCAUGGUGAAUUACUUUAACGACUUUGCUAACUUAUGCUUUGAAAGAUUUGGAAACAGAGUCAAGUACUGGAUUACUUUCAACAAUCCUUGGUCCAUUGCUGUGGAGGGAUAUGAAACAGGUGAACAUGCACCUGGACUGAAACUGAAGGGAACAGGAGCUUACAAAGCCGCCCACCAUAUCAUCAAGGCACAUGCUAAAGUAUGGCACACGUAUGACAUGCAGUGGAGAAGCAAACAAAAAGGCCUGGUUGGGAUCUCGCUGACUGCUGACUGGGGUGAACCAGUGGACAUCUCCAACCAGAGGGAUAUCGAAGCAGCAGAGAGAUACAUUCAGUUCUACUUGGGCUGGUUUGCUACACCUCUCUUCCAUGGAGACUACCCACAAGUUAUGAAAGAUUACAUUGGCAGGAAGAGUGGCCAGCAGGGUCUGGGAGCUUCGCGGCUGCCCGUCUUCUCUCCUCAGGAGAAAAGUUACAUCAAGGGCACCUGUGACUUCUUGGGUCUUGGACAUUUCACAACUCGCUAUGUCACUCUGAAGAAUUACCCAUCAGGAGCUGGAGACAACUAUUUCUCUGACCGUGACCUUGCUGAACUGGUUGACCCACAAUGGCCUGACCCUGGUUCUGAAUGGCUCUACUCCGUUCCCUGGGGCUUCCGACGCUUGUUGAACUUUGUUAAGACUCAGUAUGGAAACCCCAUGAUCUAUGUGACAGAAAAUGGCGUGUCAGAGAAAAUGCUGUGCACCGACCUUUGUGACGACUGGAGGAUGAAGUACUUCAAAGACUACAUCAACGAAAUGCUCAAAGCGAUAAAAGAUGGGGUCAAUGUGAAGGGGUACACGGCCUGGUCUCUCCUCGACAGCUUUGAGUGGGAUGAAGGCUUCUCUGAGAGGUUUGGGCUCUACUACGUGGACUUCAGGAGCAAAAAUAAGCCACGCUACCCAAAAGCUUCUGUCCACUACUACAAACGCAUUAUCAGCUCAAAUGGCUUUCCCAAUCAGAGAGAGGUUGAAAGUUGGAAGAGGAAAGCUGUAGAGACGUGCUCCUCCAGUAACCAGCUGCUGGCUGCAGAUCCAUUGAUAGGCCACAUGGAGAUGGUAACAGAGAUUGUGGUUCCCACUGUGUGUACACUCUGCAUCCUCAUCAGUGCGGUUUUCUUCAUGUUCCUGCUGCGUCGACGCCUCUGAAAAGUGCACGCAGUCACAUCAUUGAGAGCUCACAGAUAAAGAAAAUAAUCUAAGCUUUGCUUCCAUGCUGUAAACGUGUAUCCUGUCUCAAGCUUAUUGCUGAUUUAACUGUCCUGCUGCUGCUUUGAAAAAGAAAUGUUUGGGGGUCAUCAUGAAAAAUCCAAAAGCAAACGUCUGUCGCCAUGUGAGACUGAAAUCCAGAUUUGUGCUCGAUUAUUUCAUUAAUCAGUUGACCCUGUGUGAUUUGAAAUAGCUGUAUUCUCUAUUGGCUGCCCAAGUUCAUUUUAGAGAGGUGUUGGCUUGUGUCCAUAAGUUUCUAAUAAGAUUGACGGGGAGAAGGUGAUGUCCAUGCUGUGGUCAUGAAACUUUGAUUAAAUAUAUUUUUAAGAAUUCAAUGGUGAGUGAAUAUUUAGGUUCAUUUCCUUUGUUAUUACUUUAUCUUAUGAAAAACAACCAAUGUAAAAAUGUAAUAAAGGAGCCCAAUGCGCUACCACCCAGUAAACUUUAAUCAUCUUUCUGAUGCGGUCCAGUGUCAAUGGCAUUACCUGCACAGG